AAUUGAAAUAAAAUCAUAUAGAAGGUCCCCAAGUUUCUGAUGUGCAAUUGUUUUUACCAAUUGAUUCCCGAAACCCGUGAAACAUAGCAAUGAUCCCCAAACGCCUCCUUAACCCUCCUCUUUCCCCAACUUCAUCUUUCACCACCGUUAAUGGCUUUCGCGUUUCAGCUUCUGCUUCAAUCUCCCACACUCCUCACUCUCUAUCCGACGCCGUUUCCCUCUUUCAUCGCACUAUCAACGACCCCAAUUCGCCACCCUCUGAACCAGCAUGCAACUCUCUUAUCGGCAACCUACGCAAGGCACGACAGUACGACGUCGUCCUGUCGGUUUACCGCAAGAUGGCUUCCGCGCGCGUUUCGCCCUGGUUGACUUCUCUGAAUGCGUUAACCGAAAGCUUCGUCAACUCUCAUCACCCAAACUUCGCUGUUGGAGUCCUUGGCCUAAUGAUAAAACGCGGUUUUCGGGUUGGCGUCUAUAACAUGAACCUAGUGUUGAAGGGUUUUUCCCAGAGUGGUCAAUGCGACAAGGCAAUGGGUUUGUUUUCUCAAAUUACGAAAAAUAGUGAUCAUGGGGUUCCUGAUAUUGUUACUUACAAUACCCUUAUAACUGGAUUGUGUAAAGCUAAAAGAUUGGUGGAAGCUAGGGCUUUGUUUGAGGCAAUGAAGGUUGGGGAGAACAAACCCAAUUUGGUGACAUUUAGUGUUUUGAUUGAUUGUCUUUGUAAGAAUGGUGAAGUUUGUGAGGGGUUCGUUUUGUUGGAGGAGAUGGAGAGGGAGGGUUUGAAAGCUGAUGUGUUUCUGUAUAGUUCUCUAAUCAGUUUCUUUUGUGGCAAGGGUGAUGUUGAGAAGGGGAUGGAACUGUUUGAUGAUAUGUUGAGGAAGAAUGUUAGUCCCAAUGUGGUUACAUAUAGUUGUUUGAUGCAUGGUCUUUGCAAGAUUGGUCGGUGGCGGGAGGCGUCUGACAUGUUGGAGGACAUGACGGCACGAGGAAUUCGGCCGGAUGAUGUUAGUUACUCGGUUUUGGCAGAUGGGCUUUGCAAGAAUGGGAGGGUGGAGGAUGCAAUGAAGUUGUUGGAUUUGAUGGGGCAGAAGGGGGAGGAGCCAAGUACUGUUACAUACAAUGUUCUUGUGAAUGGAUUUUGUAAGGAGGAUCGGGUGGAGGAUGCAUUUAGGAUUGUGGAAAUGAUGGCGAAGAAGGGGAAGAAGCCUGAUGUGGUAACUUAUAAUACGUUGAUGAAAGGGCUGUGUAGAACUGACAAAGUUGAUGAGGCGAUAGAUCUUUGGAAGCUGUUGGUGAGCGACAAGUUCCAUAUGAAGCCGGAUGUCUUCACUUUCAAUUAUUUAAUUCAGGGACUUUGCAAGAAAGGACGUCUUCGGGAUGCUGUGAGGGUCCAUUCUACUAUGGUUGAAACGGGGUUCCUAGGUAACAUAGUAACUUAUAAUGUUUUGAUUGAGGGUUAUCUAAGUGUUCGGAAACUUAUUAAGGCGUUGGGACUCUGGAAAGGGGCAGUAGACUCUGGAUUUUCUCCCAAUUCAAUGACUUACAGAGUUUUUAUUAUUGGUCUGUGCAAAAUGCAGAUGCUGAGUAUUGCAAAAGGACUUUUUAUUAAAAUGAAAGAUUCUGGGAUUAAACCUACCGUAGUUGAAUACAAUGCACUAAUGGCAUCUUUGUGCAGGGAAGAUAGUCUCGAGCAGGCUAGGAGUUUAUUUCAAGAAAUGAGAAAUGUGAAUCAUGAUGUUGAUGUUGUCUCCUUUAAUAUAGUAAUCGAUGGAACCCUUAAAGCGGGAGAUACUAAACAUGCCGAGCAAUUGCUAUCGGAGAUGCGUAACAUGGAUUUGAUCCCUGAUGCCGUAACCUUUUCUAUAUUAAUAAAUAGGUUCUCAAAACUUGAGCUGUUGGAUAAAGCCAUGUCCUUCUAUGAGAAAAUGAUCUCGUCUGGUCAUGUACCUGAUGUUGUUGUAUUUGAUUCUUUGCUAAAGGGCUGUGGUUCAAAGGGAGAGACAGAAAAAAUCAUUUCCUUGCUUCAUCAAAUGGCUGAUAAGGAUGUUGUUCUGGACUCGAAAUUAACAUCUACCAUCUUAGCAUGCGUUUGUCACAUGUCAAAAGAUCUUGAUGUAGAGAAGGUUCUUCCAAAUUUUUCACAAAAUAGUGAACAUACAUCAAAAGGAACAACCAUUAAAUGCCACAAGUUCUUGAUGAAGCUGAAUGAUGUUUAUCCAGAACUAAAAUUAUUUGUUGCACGAUAGUGUGUGGUUUCAGGUGCAUGAUACCAUGGUAUCCUAAUGGAUUGGCAACCUGACAAUUACGGAGUUUUGAAGUCAUGUGCAUUUCAACCAGUUGUCAUUUUAUAAUAAAGAGAUGCAAGUGUAAAGUUCUGCAUCAUGGCAUACAAUGUCCCAUUUGAUACUGAUAUGUAAACAGUCAUGGAUGAGAUUUGUAUAAUGUCUUCUUACAGGCUUUCAAUCAUUAAGUUCUGGCUGAAAGUACGAGGCUUUGGUUUUUGGCUUGAAGGGAUCAUCUAAGUGUGGUUUUUUUGCAUCUAGAGAGAAGAGAAGCUGAGGUGAUGGUGAUGAAGGAGAGGGAUGAGGAGCUUUCUUUGUUCCUCAAUAUGAGGAGGAGAGAGAACGAGAACGAGAAAAACAGCCUUCUCCUUGAAAACUCUGAAGAACUUCAUUUGUCCAAUCUGGGUAUGUUUUUCUCGACUUCAACUUUUGAUUGCUGGUGGGGUGCAAGAUUUGGACUUGAGUUUAUAGAUCUUGAAUAUUCUAAUAAUUGAACCAAGGUUUUUCUCGCAUCAUGUUUUUUGUGCCACUUGUUGUGUUUUAUAAUCUAUUAAAGAUGCCUUUCUGUGUCAUGUUAUUUGACCACAAAAUCCAAUCACAAGGGCUCCAUGAAUUCUAAGAUCGUCUCUUCGGUGCCACCAAAGAAGCAUGGGGGUUGAAGAGUUCUUGAAUUCAGAGAAUGACAAGUCUGACCAUGAAUGGCUUCUUGCGCCACCAGAUUCACCUCCUUUUCCUACUUUAGAGAAAGAGUCGCAAAUAUCAGUGAAGAGUGAACAGGAGACUCAUAAUGCUCGUCCAACAGCUUUGAAACCUAGGGUGGCUAAUAUCCAAGCAGAACCUGCUUCUCAAGAGGCAAGAUAGUUUUGGACCAGAGAGAACUGAGUUCAUUUUAGUUUUAGAUUUUCUUCAUUUUUCUCUGAAGUUGGGAGAGUGGACAGUAUCUCUUGGUUCCUUAAUGAUGUCAUGAACUUGACUUGUGGAUGAUCCUGAAAAUUUGAUUGGGGUGGAUUCUACUCUCAAUAUUCAAAUGGAGGUUAGUCUCAACUGGAAAUUAGACAAACACUCUUAAAAGCUGUAGUUGUUUUAGGUGGAGGCUCAAGAACGAUUUUAUGCCUUAGCAAACCCGUUCAUGCAAGUUCUCUUAAAGCUUAAGCUUGAUCAGUCGUAUGCCCACUUUACCAUAUGUUGGCAGUUUUGUUUAGCUAUGAAUAAUGCAAAGGGAAAUGGACCAAAAUCUUGUUCACUCUCCCAUAAGCUGUGGCUGACAUGCAGAGUGGCUGAGGACUAUUCUUUUUUGUUUUUUGUUUUAUAUAUUUCUUGCAGAAAAAGUGAGAAUGACUAUGAGAAAAAUUAAUGGUAUUUUUAGCUCUUAGGAUCCAUUCAAAACUUGAUCGGAUUGAGGUUCUGGGGUUAUAAUAUCAAUUAUAAUUAUAUCAGAACUGAAAUGAGUUCAUAUUAACAGAACUUGCAUUAUGAAUGGAAAAAAAAAUUGUCAUUCUGGAUUCAAUUCAAUGUUAUUUGAGAUUGUGGUUAUAUAUUAUAUUGUGGGUGUAAUUUUAAAGUUGAA